AUUUCCGUGCCUACAGCACUUUUAACACCCCUGACUUUAUCCUCUGGACCUUCUAUUAUAGGGCCAUUUUCAAUAUUUGGAUAACACUGAAGUGGCAGCUGGACCAAUGGUUCUCGGCAUGUGGACUGACCUGUAUACAACUCAAACAGUGGGAUUGCCGAAGUUCCUUUAAUGAUAGGGCCGUUGCCAAUCCCCGGCAACAGUGGGCCAUACCAUUAAACCAACUUCAAAUAGCCCAUUCUUUGAGUUGCAUACUCGAGGACCCUUACCUUGUCAUAUGGCCAGAAUGUUAUCUUCACGAUGACUCUUUUUUGAAGCUUUCGAAUAUGAAAGCCAAAUUGCCGGACCCGGAUAACGUCGUUAAAAGGUGUCCAAUCAUCACUCUGAACUGUCAGAGUCGAAAAUUUCCAAGCAAAAAUAUUCUUGAACUAAAACUCCUUAUUCAACGCUGCCGCUGGCAGUUACAAAACAUACCGAAAUCUCAAAGCCAAUCAUGGAUUGGGCUUGGUGCCAAAAUCCAGAACUAACGUCCAUAUUGGACGACAAUAUCAACUUGGGGCUAUUCAUGGAUCCAGCUCUUCCCGGAGACAACUAUUUUGAUGGGCUGUUGGCAGCCGCUGGCAACCAUGACAGUUUACUGCCUAAUUUUUUGAAUACCGAAGAGUGUGUGGUUGACGACAAUGACGGAUUCUCAUUACAACUCAAUUCUGAUCAAUUUACACCACCAAUCAAUGCCUUCCAAUAUGCGGGUAUUGACUCCAGCAUUGAGGCCGUUAGCGAGAAUCAAGGGGCAUGGGAUGCUGCGACAACUCCAAGCGCAUGGAGUUCUAGCAAUACGCCUUUUUCACCAACAGACAAUUUUCUCUCAGUGUCUCCGCAUAUUGUCUACCAGUUCCCAGACAUGCCCAGCCACAUUGACAGUCAAACAGAGGUUAUUGGGUUCUCCGCACCAAUAUGUCUUAUGAAUCAACCAAUAAUUCCCACGGAUAUUCAAAAAGGAAAAAAACCAAAGACAUUAAAGAAAGAUGCAAGAAAGGCAUGUAAGCCAGAGAUAUGCAAAGUAUGUGGAAAAGGCCAUGCGGAGAAGAGAGAUUUGGAUCGCCACAUGGUAGCACAUCACCGGCCAGUGGCCAAGAGAUUGGGGAUUGAUGUUUCGAAAAGAGCGUGCAAAAUUUGUGGGAUUGAAUUUGACAACAUUCGGCGCGAUAAUUUACGUAGGCAUAUGAAAAGAAAACACCCAAAUGCUUCUUAGG